GUGGAUGCUUAAACAUCAAGAAACUUGAAAUAGGGUUUCAGUAUUUCACAGGCAGUUUGGUUUGUCUAAUCAAUCCUCGAGUCAGAAAAUUUCCACGCUCGAGGAGUGAUUACCAUUGAAUAUUCGCCAAUUAGGGUUCUUAAAGGAUGCAUUUGGCGUCCACACAGUGCAACGAGGCCCCUCUCCAUAAUUUCGUCUGACCUACCCCACCUUUUCUAUUUAAUUUUGUGGAAAUUGUACUAAUUUCCGAUAAAUAUAUGUGUUCUUCCUCGAUAGGUUCAAUUGCUUUCAGUUGCGAGUUUGAUCCCGUUUGUCCUCCUUGUUCGUUCGUUUUCUGUGCGAGAUUUCUUCUAGUCCUUGUAAAGUUAGCAUUUUUGAUCGUCCGAACCCCUAAAGCUAGGAUUUUGAAAGCCCUAGCUAGGGUUCCGGCGCUCGAUCCGUCCCCUGUAUCGCUUUCGAGUCUGAAUUCGUGCUUUUGGGUUUCUCGAUGGCUUUUCACCAUUCGGGGCCUGGGUCGGCCUCCGGAUCAGCGUCGAGCUCCAGCUCCGGCAUCCACUUCCUGAAUUCGCCCUUUGGGGACACCACGUACACGAAGGUCUUCGUCGGCGGCCUCGCGUGGGAGACCAAGAGCGAGAUGCUCCGCCGCCACUUCGAGCAAUUCGGGGAGAUACUCGAGGCCGUCGUGAUCACGGACAAGAACACCGGCCGAUCCAAGGGUUAUGGCUUCGUCACUUUUCGAGAUCCUGAAUCUGCAAAGCGGGCAUGCGUUGAUCCAACACCAGUUAUUGAUGGCCGGCGAGCAAAUUGUAACUUGGCUUCCCUUGGAAGGCCACACUCUACUCUUCCAUUUGGCGUCCGCCCAAGGCCAGUAGCCCCUUACAUUGGAGGUGUACCUGUUCAGCAAGUGCCAUUUGUUGGAAGCCCCACUCAUCAAGUGCCAGUUCCAUUUAGCUACCAACAUGGGUUUCCAUAUCCACAAUAUAGUUACAAUCCAUACGGACCUGAGUACUUAUAUCCACAGACUGUAUAUAACCCUUACACAGGACAUCAUUAUCUUCAAGUUUAUGGUCUUCCUGGAGCUGUAAACACAGCCAUUUAUCCACAUGGUCAAAUUGGCCAGCCCAUCUCAGGCGGGCCUGGUUAUAUGACAAUUCAGGGUUACUCAAUGCCAGCUCACCAGAUUGUGCAAUUGAGUGGAUCAAAUGUCAAUGGAAUACCUGGUGCAACUCGACCAGUGAUACAAACACCCUAUCCAGGAAUACCGUCCAAUGUUCCAGCUCAGCCACACUUCAUAGUUCCUGGCCACUCACCACAGUUUGUGCAGGGAAAUGGUUCAGAUCAAACAGCCGUUUGAAAUGAGCAUCAUGAUAUCAUCUUGAGGUAUCCUUAGAUUGCAGCAGGACUAAGAAGAGCAGUACUUCACAUUAGUGGCGCACAUUCUUGCCUUGCAAGUUAUCAUCUUUGCAUUCUAGAGGUUGUCCUUGUCAUGGUCAGUUACAGAGUCAUCAAGUUGCUCUAAUGGAGGGAGCCGAAAGCACGAGCACAGAUCGCUCAGUGUGAAAGAUUGGAUACCCAAACCUGUGUCCAAUCUUCAGCAUAUAUACAUAUAGGAAUCGAGGAGUCAGAUUUGGAGUCUGACAACUCCGCAGCUUCCCUGAAAGAAAGAGAAGCUAAUUCUAUUGUCAGUUGAUUUCAUGUUACUAAAUGUUAAGUUCAUCUUCAAUGUAACAGUCGACCUGUAGCUUCAUCACUUCAAUUCCAUGUGGUAUCUAUGUUUAGAUAGAUCUGAUGUUAUUAAACAAACAGUGUCAUGGAAAUAAUCUGGUAUUUGAAGGUGUCAAAACCAGCUCCAGUCAGUAUGUGCCCGAUUUCCAGUUGAUAUUUAGUUCAUUUUGUUGUGAUAA